AUUGCGGACCUAUUUUUUGUGAAUAUUUUUGCAUGGCAGAUGAAUUUAUAGCAAAUCUUAAAUGUAAGUUAACUCUUGACCAAUUUUUGUAUAGCUAGUAGCGAUGUAAAUAGGAGUGUAAAGUACAUGUAGGAGUUAUAGCCCCAGUUUAUUAUACAUGCUAAUUUUGUUAUUUUUUUGUUUAUUUGCUUGUUUGCUGUGCAACAGAACAUAAUAAAUAAAUAAGUAAGUUAAUUAAUAAGGGGAAAAAGUAAGCAAUGUAAGUAUUUAAUUAUGAGUAGAAAAUUGUACAUUUAUUAAAGAAAGUAACCUGUAGAGUAGGCAAUGAAAUUAAGGUAUGAAAUUGUAAGCUACCAGUAUUGCAAGGAAUGUAAAUAGUGUACUGUAAAUCGAGUAUUGCAAUGUGAGUGGCCACCCAAGAAGCAAUCUGGCUUCGAAGGUUACUUGCAGAUAUAGGAGAACCUCUGGAGGAACCAUCAUAAUUCAUGAAGACAACCAAGAGCUAUUGCAAUGGCAAAGAAUCCUGUGGGUCAUGCUAGGAUUAAGCACAUUGAUGUAAGCUAUCACUUUGUUUGCGAAGGACUGCAGAACAGAGUGGUCGUUUUGAAAUAUGUUGCCACUGAUCUGUUGAUUGCAGAUAUUCUCACAAGGCCUUUCCCCAAGCAUUGCUUCAAGAAGCUUGCCACCGAACUAGGAAUUAAAACUGUCAAAUAAGCAACGUCAAAAGUAGGAGUGUUGUUGUUAUGAAAGUCAACAUUUACCGGUUGCCAUCUGAACUUUAAUGAAUGCACAGUUCUCCACAGGAAUAAUUAAUUAAGCUACAUACUCAUUAGAGCAAAGCUUUGAAGGUCAGAGUCUUCCUAUCUUGACCAAUAGAAGUCGUGUUUGGCCUGUCAACCAUUUGUAUCAUCAUGUCAUUGGAAACCAUAACUCCAAGGCCAGUGAUGGACGAUACACAUUCAGUUCCUGAUGUUGCUGGUGUAGUACCUGAUGGUAGUAGAAGGAGUUUUGUUCUUGGAAAUCUGCAGUACAAAUUACAUUAGCCAAUUUUGACUCCACUUGUAGAGACAGUCCAAGUCUUGUUGAAGAAGCUUGCUGGCACCAGGGUGGUCAAUAGCUUGAUAGAGUUAGUCAUCUGCAAAGAGUGCAAUGGUUGAGUUAGAGCAAACAUAGUUAGGAGCAGCGUUAACAUACACAAGGAACAUGAUCGGACCAAGGAUUGACCCUUGCAGUACAGCGGGAGUCAUAGGAAGCCAGUUAGAGGAGUAGCCAUCUGCGAGGACUCUCUGUACAUUUUAUAUUGAACAGCUCCAAAAGAAAAGCAUAGUAAUAAAGCAAUGAUUACUUACCAAUAUGAAAAAUAUUUGUUUAACCAAUAUGGUUGCCAUGACUUCCUCAUUGAUUCCCUCAUGGUAGGGUGUGUUAAAUAACCCAUUUAGGGUCCCAAGUUGUGAACAUUUCGGCUCCUUGAUCCAAGUUGCAAAUUUUAGAAGUAAGGAAAUUGAGAUUUGAUGUUUACUUAUUAAACUCUACUUAGGUGUCCUUCCUUUGAACAUAUCCAUCUGAGUUUCAUCAAGGUUAAUUUUGACUUUUACUAAGGGAGAGGGACAGGUAGCCCACGUACCUAAUCACAAGUACCACUGUAACUACAUAGAUUAAACAAACCACUGUAGUUAUCGCUGGUAGACUUAACUGACCUCAAACGGAAGCCGUAAAAUUUGUCCAGCCUUAGGACCUGCGAAAGGGACAAAAAAGGCAUGCUAAACGAGGAUAAAUCCAUUAAAACUUGAGUCAAAAUCUUACGACUAUGCUAGUAAAAACACACUGGUCAUGUGACAGAAAAUGGCACGAAACGUAACCGCACACGGACUGGACUGGCCAUAGUCACAACCACCUACCUAAUGUCAAGCCUGUUUGCAACACGCAGGGUUAGCAUUUGCUCCUCUCUCUCUCUACUUCUCGGAAAGGGCAGGACUGGUGCUAUUCCAUGCUUUGUUGUAUAGUAUGUUUUUUUUCUUUUUGUAUAGCCUGUUGGGACUCCUGCACAAGGGAAUGUAUUCAUCCAUAGCUGUAAACAAAUGGUCCUUCCAGCAGGUUCAGUUGUAGUCAAUGUCAUCAUUCAAAAAAGCAUAGUGUCAAGGGAUAUAAGAUAAGAAAGACUUCAGAUUUAUCCAGUCUGUCUUACUGUUCAAUUAAAAAAGCUCAUGCCAUUUAUGCUGAAUGUAGGUUAAGUUGAGAAUCUUGAAACUAGGGGAGCUAUGAUGAGAAAAAAUAAUCUCAAACAACUAGAAUAUCUUUAAUAUCUGGUGGAGUUGUAAUGACUAAAUCCAGGAUAUUGUGAUUCCUUGUUGGUUCCUGGACUAGUAAUAUAUUCCAUAAAGAAGAAGUCCAGAAUAAUGUGAAUUCUUCUUAUUCUUCGUCAUUCCCUCUGGAACAUAGGGCCCUGACUACUAGCUUCCAUCUUUCUCUGUCUUUAGCUGCCCUCUUUGCCUCCUCCCAGGUCAUGCUGAUGGUCUUCAAUUCAGCUUGCAGUGUUCUUUUCCAUGCAAAACUUGGUCCUCCUCUUCUCCAUUUCCCCUGUGGGUUCCAGUGCAAGGCUUGGCGGGUGAUGUUUGUCUACUCUCGGCAUAUGGUAUGUCCAAUCCAUCCCCACUUUCUACUUUGGAUGGUGUCAGUGGUGGGCUCCUACCUGGUUCUUUGCCAGAGGUCUUGGUUAGAGACGAGCUCUGGCCAUCAAAUGCGUAGAAUCUGACAGAGACAGGUGUUGAUGAAGACCUGCAGUUUGUGGUCUAAUUUCUUGGUGCACCUCCAGGUUUGCGCUCCGUACAAAAGAACUGAUUUGACAUUGCUGUUGAACAGUCUCAGUUUUGUGUGGCAGCUGAGGUUUUACUCCUCCAUACUGGUCUCAGAGUGGCAAAGGCUUGACGCGCUUUGUUGAUCCUAGCCUUAACGUCCUCAUCUCUUCCUCCUGUCUUGCUCACAAUACUGCCCAAGUAGGGCAAGCGAUCAACUUCCUCAAUGGCCUGACCAUCAACAGUGAGGGGGGCUUCCCGGCUUACAUUUAUUUGCAUGCUCUUGGUCUUUGUGACAUUGAUCUCUAGACCUGCUGUCCUAGCAAUAUUGCACAGUCGCUCGGUUUUAGCCUGCAUAUGCCCCACCAUGUGUGAGAGUAGACUAAUAUCAUCAGUGAAGUCUAGAUCCUCUAGCGUCUGCAUGAGGGUCCACGAAUGCCUCUUGGCUGUUCAAUUGUUGUUUUCAGCACCCAAUCGAUAAUUAGUGAGCAGAUAAGUGGGAACAAGAUACAUCCUUGUCUCACUCCUGUGUUGAUGGUGAAGGGUGCAGACAAAUCAGUGUUGUGGAUGACUCUACAGCUGUUAUCUUCAUAGAAGCUUUAAAGAUCAUAAACAUCAUCCAGAGAAUAAUGUGAAUAUGUAGGGUUAAAUUGUCUGUUACAAGGCUCUGUUACAUGACCAGUCAUUAUUUGAUAAAUUAAAAUGUCUAACUAGUAUAAGUUCAGUUGUUCCAACGAGAUCCUGAAUAAAAGCCUGUAGGUCUUCUAGACGCUUGGUAUAGCUGCCAGGAGGUUGAUAAAAAUGCCGAAUGUGAUUUGUUUGUUGUGAGAGGAGAGCCAAUUAAUGAAAAGCAAUUCAGGGUCACACUGAUGAGUUGUGCAAUAAUUAGUCACUGAUCUGGAUCCACUUGUUCCAUACAGUUCAGCAUCCAAUGCUGCUAGCUGCUCAAUAAGGGUCUGAAGCUAGGAAUGAAAUUCACAGUGCAAAUUUAAUACACUCGCUGGUGGUCAGAAAUUGUCUUCAUUUAUGGAAUAAUAUUAAUUCUCAGGGUAUAUUUGUAAGACUCACUUCAUUCAGACUGCAUGGCCACGACUUCAAUCUUCCAAAAAGAGUGAUGAUCUGGUCCCCCUUUCUUCAAAGUCCAGGUACCUUUACCGAGCCAAAGCAAUUUUAAGAUGUAAGUCUAAGAAAUGGUAGUGGAGAAUGAAGCUCAAAAACCAGGCCACUCUGUUUCGUUUCAUGAGAUAUGUAUGUAUGGGUGGGGACGCGUAUACUUCAAUUAAUGGUAAAUUUUCAAUUUUUUCCUUAUUUCAAUUCUGAAACAUAUUUGCAGCAUAGACCUAACACUGGAGAAGGAGAAUCACAUGUGAAGUAUUCAGCUUUGCAAAAUGACUCAGGGAUUGGUGAAACACCAUUGGCAGAACACUUGAAAAGGCAAACAAAAUUCUCCAAGAAAAAGUCCAGGAAACAAUUACCUCUCCAGAUAUUUAGCACACCAAUCACGCCAAGAUCAGAACGAUCAAAGCCAAUGGAGCAAGAUGUGGAAUAUUCUGCAGAUACAGAGAGUGAUGAAGAGUCUCUGUUGUCCCAUGGUUCACAAAAGCAGAUUGUGGAUAGAGGGCAAUUUGCCAAAUGGUCACGAUCAGGCCCAAGUAAUGUUUCCGGCUCGCCUGUUUCGGGGAGACUGAGAGGUGAACAUUCAGAACGUUGUUAUAAAGAACCACUUCGUGUUAGUGAGGCUCACCUGCAAUCAUAUCGAGAUCAACAUAUUUGCAAGCCAAGGAAACUUUCAUAUGAAGAUAAGCCUUACAAUCAACAAAAGCCUGAAGAAGGAAUGAGUGAUGAAGAGGUUAUCAGGAGAGAGGUACAGGAGCUAAUAAACCUGGCUGGAAGUAAAACUCUCCAGGCUGUUCGUAGAAAGCAUCGCAUGAUCCGAUCAUUUUUCCAAAGGACCAGUGAUAUGAUGUUGUCUUCCAUUGAUUCCUUCCAAGAUGAGACGCAAACCACCAGUUAUGGUGCCUUGGAAAAAUACAAGAGACAGUUUUCAGAACAAGUACAGGGCCUUCGAAAGCAGAUGGAAAAAACAAGUUUGAUUGUAGAUGGAAUGGAGGUAACAUUUGUAAGCUUUUUCAACAUAAUUUAUUUCCCGUUUUCUUUAGGAUGAAAAUGUUUCACACUGUUAUUUAUGGUAAUGAGCAGCUCUCUUCCUUGACUGACAGGACAUGGUGUCUAAUUUUUGAAUGAAUUCAACCCCCUGGGGUUACCCCCCACCACUGGAUUGGGAUGUGCUGCUUGACCAUAAUCAAAGUGGCUGUGAGCCACUCAACUUGGAAAAUAAAUUAUGAAAGAGUGUAAUGAGGCAUUGCUCAUUAAGGAACUACUUGUUAUGUGAGGGCAGCGUAGCUUUCAAACAAGCCCAUAAAGCCUUUCUCCACUCAAGAGUGUGUUGUGAUAUUUGCAAAACGAAACAAUUCAAUGUUAAGAAACUAUUUGUUACUCAGGCCUGCUAACACGAUUUACAUUACAUGCAUCUGUACAUGUCGUCCUAGUGCUGUAGUCAAAAACGGCAAGAUCAUUUUGUUUGGUCAAAAGUGAUGUAUAGACUAGGAGCAAUGUCCAAUACUUCCUUAUAGCUAGCUU